AUUUCAGGUGGUGGCAGUGAAGACUGGCAUCUCUUAACCUCUAUUGGAGCCUUUCUGACUGUGCUUUUUCUUGCCUGACUGCUAAAUCCUUCCCUGGAACAUGCCAGUACGCAUGCCUUGCCUUAUAGAUCCCUCAGAAAAGGAAACUUUUGGUCUGCACAAGUUUCCCCUUAAUUUCUUUGUAUUCUUGUUCUGCUUUGGUGUGCCAUACGUCUCUGAAUCUGAGAUUGUGCAAAGCAAAUGCACUGGCACGCGUGAUGACAGCAGUAAGUUACAUGGCAGGGUUAAUGCUGCUUCCGGGUUUAGUCCUUAAUCACGGUGAUGCCUUUCAGUACAGUUUGUUAUUUCCUGGGGAUAGUGACAGCAACAAAGCAGGGUCUCAUCACAAAGAAGAAAUACAGGUUCCCACUCCAAUCUUACCUAGAAUAGGAAUUUCCAUCUUGUACAAAUCAGCCGCAAGACUGACAGUGAGAAGUGAGAUACAUAUAUAAAGCUGGCAAUGUGUGUUUAUAGCAGAUGAUAUCUUGCGAGAAGUUAAAAGGAUUGACUGCCUGUUGAAUCUUUAAAUUGCCUAGACUAUGGUGGAAGCAAUACUGAUUGAUCUGUUCAGCCUACCAGCCAUCUUGCAGAACAACGUCCAAGGACUGCUAUGUAACACUCUGGAAACUAUUGAGAAGUGCUCUUCCAUCCCUGCUCCGUUUGUUUAUGUCAUGUGCUGCCAAGUGCAGGGCAGUGAAUGGAAGGGUGAGCAAGAUUCCUUGCUUCCAGCUCUGAGAGAUUUCCAGAGUCUGAAGAAAAGACUUGAGGUGGUACGUGCUCUGACUACAGCUGCUGCGUUGUACACCAUCAAACAAAGACUUGAUGAAAAGGACAUAAGCACCAUUAAAAUUAUUCUCCCUACCUUAAGGAAAGAAUUAAUGAAAGUAUAUAUAGACCAUCUCUUUACUCCCGUCUACCAGUUUGAAUUUGAGGAUUUACAGGUGGCAUCUGAUUGUAAUAACCUACAGAUAACUGAACCUCAGAGUGAAGGGCAAACACUUUCCACACAGGACGUGGCGCUCAUCCAAAGUGAGAUUCAGAUGUACUUGGAAAGCCUGCCGAGUCUGAAAGGGGAGCUCACCAUCCUCAAGUCUUCCCUGAUCCCAGAUGAUAUCUUCCUCCAUGGAUUCACCACAAGGACAGGUGGGAUCUCCUACAUACCAGCUCUAAGCUCCUGCAAUCUCUUCAGCAGUUCUAGGAGGAGGGACCCACAAGUUGUUGUUAAAGAAAAUCUCCGCAGGCUGGCUAAUGCUGCAGGAUUUAACCCAGAGACUUUUCACAGAGUCAAGACUGAUCAUGCUAAUGCUGUGUGUAUUAUGGGAAAGACAGAGCCUGACAGUUAUGAUGGAAUAGUUACGGAUCAGAAAGGUGUUACAAUAGCAGCUCCAGGAGCCGAUUGCAUACCUGUACUGUUUGCUGAUCCUGUCAGAAAAGCCUGCGGUGCUGCUCAUUCUGGAUGGAAAGGCACGUUGUUAGGAGUUUCUAUGGCCACAGUAAAUGCGAUGGUAUCUGAAUAUGGCUGUAACGUGAAAGACAUCCUCGUGGUCCUGGGCCCUUCUGUAGGACCUUGCUGCUAUAAACUUCCUCACGAAUCAGCUAAAGAGUUUCACAGAAUUGAUCCAAAGUGUGUGAGACACUUUGACUCUGCAACUCCAUAUAUUGAUAUUAGAAGAGCCACACGGAUUCUUCUUGAGAGUGGUGGGAUUCUUCCAGAGAACAUCCAAGAUGAUUCUGUCACAGACCAGAACCAAAAUAUCACAUUCUGUACUGCAUGCCAUCCUGAAAAAUUUUAUUCUCACUUUCGUGAUGGCACUAACUUCGGCACACAAAUUGGCUUCAUAUCAAUCAAAGACUGAGAUAGUAUCUGUCUCUUGCUCUGGAGUAGUAUUUAGACAAUAAGUCUGGUGCGUUGACUGUUAUCCUGCUCUCCUGGUAGAUUUCUUUCCUUCUUUGUUUCACGGACUUGCGAUGGAAAGAGUACACAGGCCUUAAGAUUCUCCUGCUUCUUCCAUUCCCUGUCAUUCUGAGGCAAGAAGAGAUGUCUAAGAUAUGGAUCCUGGCUUGUGUGAGCCAGGUUCCAAAGGAAACAAGGACAACUCACAACAGUAAUGAAGCACUUCUGCAAAGCCAGAUGCAAGAUCCCAUUUUCUUGCCUCUUUGACCAAGUAUAUCCCAUAAACCUUACUGGUCGUGAAAGCACAAAAAAAAACAACAAACAAAAACAGUAAUAAAAUAAAAGUCUUCAUUACCUUCUGGAUGAGUCUUCUGAAUGAAGUUAAGGCUGACAUUGCUGAUAAAGGAAAGGAAACCUGUAUUGCACAUUAACAGUUUGGGUACACCCGUCAGUGUAUGUUUCAGCUGAAGGUUAGCCUUAAAAAAUGAUGUGCCUCGGAUUGUUUUUGUUUCAAUUAGCUUGAAAAAGAGCUUCAAAGCACUUACAAAAAUAACUUGAAAGUGAGAAGCAAGCAAGGUCCUUUGGGGCAGACAUUGUAAACAUAUGAAUGUUAACUUAAGCAUUUUUUGAUUGUAAAAAAAAAAAUAAAACUAAGACUCAGUAUAAUUUGACUUGUAUGGUCAUGUUUCCCUAGGAUUUUUUCUUUGUCAUUUGUUCUCUGCUAAUGUCCAUUGAGACAAUUUCCACAGUACUCAGUUAUUUAAUAAGUAUCUGAAAAGGAGAGUGAAUUUAACCUGUUAAUUUUACUGACCAAUUGUUGACAUGUUUGUAUUGCUAGUAAAUUCAAAGUGUGCACUGG